CGCGUCGUAUCGCAUCCAAAAUCGCCAUCGACAUGCCGGACAGCUGCGUGGGUAUGCGCUCAUGGCGUCUCCAGUCAUACGAAGCGAUUUGAGAUCGCAGCCUGGCCAUGAGCUUGCCUUGUUGACCUAGCUGUGAACAGCUUCCGACCAAGACGCGCUUCACGAAAAAUAUUGAAGCAUGAUGCUGAGCACCAAAGCAUCUUGCGCACGCAGAUGCAGAACUAAUUAAUAGGCUUGACUCACUGUAGUGGCUUUUAUGAUCACCUCUUGUAGAGAAUGCGGCGUCUGCUUCGACAACCGUAUCUUGUGCACGGAACUUACAUGAUAUUGACGAAAAAAGUCGCAGAAACCGGAUUGCAUACCAGGCCUGAUAUUCGGCCUCGCAUCUGCCAUGUUCCACUUCCAUUCGAGACAGUAGUGGACGUUCAGAUACCGAUUGUUUCACUCGGCGCAACCCAGACUUCCGCGAUGCUAGCGCCCAUUGGCCGAAUUGUGUCAUCCGUGCGAUCCUAUAGCCAGUAUCAAUGCAAUCAGCGGCUCUUCAUCGCUGUCAUUUUCCUUCACUCCACCUCGGCCACGGUACUAGAUGCCUGCCACCCACACGUCAGGAACAUGACUCAGUCUUACCAGACGCUUGGGACCAAGCCAGUGGUCUAG